CGCAUGCGCACUGAUUUUGGUGCGUAAAUCGUGCCACGUGUCAUUGUUUUGUUCGUCUCGUAUCACAAUGGGUGGUCUGAAGAGGCUGCGGAGCCACCUUGGAAGAGUCACGGUUGCAGUGUUACUGCUGCAGGCCGUCGGCCUGGUCGCUGGACACGGCUCUCACACCGAGUGGAGUUUCCUGGAACAGUUCUCAGGCCCCAUAGAGACGACUGCAGAGCUCUGGGUCUACUCUAUCGCCUCCACCCUUCUAAUUAGUGCAGCCCCUUUCGUCAUCCUGUUUUUCAUACCCAUCGAGAAUGCCUCUGAGCACAGCACCUUGUUGAAAGUGCUGCUCAGUUUCGCAUCCGGUGGUUUGUUAGGCGACGCCUUUCUUCACCUAAUUCCGCAUGCCAUAUCGCCACACGGUCACAAACACGACCACCACCACGACGAACACGACCAUCAUCAUGACGAACAUGACCACCAUCACCAUGACAAACAUGACCACCAUCACGACGAACACGACCACAUGGCUGAUAUGAUGGUAGGUGGUUGGGUGCUACUCGGGAUCGUUGCGUUCCUGAUAGUGGAGAAAUUUGUCCGACUUGCCCGGGGAGGGGAGGGGCAUAGUCACGGAGGACACGCCCACUCCCACGGCAACAGGAUUGAGCCAAAGGUCACAGAGAGCAAGAACGAAAGAGAUGACAGCUCCACCGUUCGCAAGAGAAAAGGAGGGAAAGAUGAACGUAAGAUGGCUGACGUGGCAGAGACAGGCUCGAGCAGCGGUGGUGGCGACAUCAAGGUGGCCGGGUACCUCAAUCUGGCCGCCGAUUUCUCCCACAAUUUCACCGAUGGUCUUGCCAUCGGAGCCUCGUAUCUGGCCGGGCGCAAUGUCGGUGUCAUCACGACCAUCACAAUCCUCCUGCACGAGGUCCCGCACGAGAUCGGAGACUUUGCCAUCCUCGUCCAAUCGGGCUACCCCAAGAAAAAGGCAAUGGCGCUGCAACUGGUCACGGCGGUCGGAGCCCUCUGUGGGACGCUGUGCGGACUCCUGGCGGAGGGGGUCGGCUCUUCCGCCAUUGCUUGGAUCCUUCCCUUCACGGCGGGAGGGUUCAUCUACAUCGCCACUGUGUCUGUCAUCCCUGAUCUCCUGAAGGACACGUCACUGUUCAAGUCUUUUCUGGAGAUCCUUGCCAUGCUUGUCGGGAUUGGGAUGAUGUUGUCAUUGCCGUGUUUGAGUAACACUGACACAACUCCAUUCAUCAUUCAUUUUGUAUAUAUAUACAAUACCAUAAUAAUAUGUAGCUGCCACAUUAUGCAAUGUGUUGCAAUAAAUAAAUAGACCAUUAUUCACAAGGAGCAUAUAAUACACAUGAUCAGCACAAAUGACAAAAAGAUUGUUUGUGGUGUUAAAAUGGAUUUCCCCUAUAAUUAUUAAAUAGCGUGCAUAUGUAUACACACACGUACAGUUGUAGUAGUAGCUAUUAAUCAGAGUGAAGGAGUGGUCAGAGGAAAGGGUCAUGGUCUGAUUCACUGCUACUGGACGUCCAAUCAACCCCUCGACUGAGGCCGACCCUGUCGUCUUCCUCCUCACGAGCGUCCCUCUCUUCAAUAAACUCCCACAAUCUGUGAAAAACAGUUAGAGACAUUACGAAAAAGCACAAGAGAACAUUUGACAUAAUUCACAGAAGUUGGGUGUAUGACUGCAGAGUCUGCUAGUGUGUGUGGUGAUGUUGUCUUACGUAUGGUCUCCCACAAAUUUCCC